ACCACACUCGAAGAACCCUAAAAUCGGGGUUUUGAUUUUAGGGCUACAUUUUACUAGCACUGGUUGCACAGAGCUCCUCAAUGGCGGCGACGGCGGCUUCUUCCAUCGCGUCCUCGCGAGCUUGCCCUGCAUUUCAAUCCGAAGGCAAGGGGAUCGCAUCCUCGUCCUCGGCAUUCCUGCAGCGCGGCGGCGCCCAGCGAUCUCUCGGCGGCGGGGUUUGUGUGCGGCGAUGCAAGGGCUUUGGGUCUAGGGUAAAGUCUCUGGGGACGUGCGCGCUCUCGCAAAUGGUGGCUACUCGUGGCGCCGAGGUGGAGUUUGAGACCAAGGUCUUCACCAAGGAGAAAGUGACGCUGGGAGGGAAAGAUGAGUUCAUUGUUCGUGGUGGAAGACAUCUUUUUGAGAAGCUGCCAGAGGCUUUCAAGGGGAUAAAGCAGAUCGGUGUUCUUGGAUGGGGAUCUCAGGGACCGGCACAAGCUCAAAAUCUACGAGACUCGCUUGAAGCAGUAAAAUCGGACAUUGUGGUGAAGAUCGGUUUGAGAAAAGGAUCAAAAUCGGCAGCGGACGCGAGGGCUGCUGGUUUCACCGAAGAAAACGGGACAUUGGGUGACGUGAUUGAGACUGUUGCUGGAAGUGACCUCGUUCUGCUGCUUAUUUCCGACGCGGCACAGGCUGACAAUUUCCGUGAGAUAUUCGCUGCGUUGAAGCCGAAAGCGAUACUCGGACUGUCUCAUGGAUUUUUACUGGGCCACCUUGAGUCUAUCGGCGAGAAAUUCCCCAAGGACAUCAGUGUUAUCGCGGUGUGCCCCAAGGGCAUGGGACCUUCCGUGAGGCGCUUGUACGUGCAGGGCAAAGAAGUCAAUGGUGCUGGAAUCAAUGCGAGCUUCGCUGUGCAUCAGGAUGUUGAUGGCAGAGCGACAGAUGUAGCUCUUGGAUGGUCCGUGGCGCUGGGAUCGCCAUUUACAUUUGUAACGACGUUGGAAGACGAGUACAAGAGUGACAUCUACGGCGAACGAGGAAUUUUAUUGGGAGCUGUGCAUGGAGUUGUGGAAGCUUUGUAUAGAAGAUACACGGGAAAUGGAAUGGCGGACGAAGCAGCGUACAAGAACACCGUAGAGAGCGUUACUGGCACAAUUUCAAAGACCAUCUCUUCCAAGGGUAUGGUUUCUCUAUAUCGUUCCUUGAGCGAUGAAGGCAAGAAAGAAUUCGAGGCUGCGUUCUGCGCAUCAUACUAUCCUGCAAUGGACGUGCUCUACGAAAUCUAUGACGAGGUGUCUUCUGGAAAUGAGAUCCGAAGCGUGGUUUUAGCGGGACGGCGAUUUUCUGCUAGAGGUGGACUUCCAGCUUUUCCAAUGGGAACGAUCGAUCAGACACACAUGUGGAAGGUCGGAGAGAAAGUCCGUGCUGCAAGGCCUGAAGGAGAUUUGGGUCCACUGCACCCGUUCACUGCUGGUGUUUAUGUUGCAGUCAUGAUGGCACAGAUCGAGAUUCUAAGAAACAAAGGACAUUCUUACUCCGAGAUGGUGAACGAGAGCAUCAUCGAGGCGGUGGACUCUUUGAAUCCAUUCAUGCAUGCACGGGGAGUGUCGUUCAUGGUGGACAAUUGCUCGACAACAGCGCGUCUGGGCUCCAGGAAAUGGGCUCCCAGAUUCGACUAUAUCCUCACUCAACAGGCUUUCGUAUCUGUUGAUGCUGGAGCUCCACUCGACAAGGAACUCUUCGACAAGUUUUUAUCGGAUCCGGUCCACCAGGCAAUGCAGGUGUGCUCGGAGCUGCGGCCCACGGUCGAUAUCUCCGUGACUGCUACCGCGGAUUACGUGAGGCAAGAACUAAGGCACUAGAUCGAGAAGAAGAAAAGAAAGACGGUACUUUGCAAGGUUUUGUUGUGUGAAGCAAGAACAUCUACCAGGUACUCCAAAGUUUUGUGUGAAAUAAAAUGGAAGAACUAUCACCAAGUUUA